AUGGCUAAAGCACAGCUCGAGCAGAAGUGCGAGUCACGGCUGGCACUGACCAAUGUGUUUCGUGUCCUUUACCUGGUAGGAUUGCAGAUUCCCGAGGAUGCUCGCGCCAACCGCAAUAGCACCCAGGGGAAACUCUAUCGUAUAUACUCUGUGGUCGUAUUAACCUGGCAACUGGUGGUGGUUCCAACAGUUUUCGUGCUCAGUUACAAGUCCACCGGGGAUAUGGAGAUCAGCCAGAUACUGACUUCAUUACAGGUCGCUAUCAAUGCCUGCAUAUUACCAGGUAAGAUUAUACCGGUGGCCUAUUAUUUGCAACGUCUACGAAGUGCCGACACCUUAAUGAAUGCUUUGGACGCUAGUUGCGAGCAGAUGGCAGAGCAGCACAGAAUUCUUGACACGGUUCGCACAUGCAAACGCAUUGUGUGGAUCUAUAUUGCGGUCUAUUGGCUCUAUUCUUUGUGCACCUGUGUUUGCGGUUUUCUGCUCGGACAGCCUCCUUAUUCACUAUAUAUACCGCCGCUCGAUUGGCACCGAUCCCGCUGGGAGUUCUGUGUGCAGACUAUUUUCGAUUUCCUAGUCAUGGAUUGGACAUGCUUGCAUCAGGCGGUGGAUGACUGCUAUCCGGUAACCUACAUCUAUAUCGUGCGCACCCACGUACAGCUUCUGGCGCAGCGCAUACGCAGCCUGGGCAGGCGCUUGAGCGCGACAGAAGAGGAAUCUCUAGUCUCCCUCACUCCGGCAGAACAGGAGGUUCAAUAUAACAAGCUGGUGCACUGCAUUGAGGACCACCAGACACUGCUUCGCCUUAUGGACACCAUUAGCCCGGUCAUCUCGAUAACCAUAUUCGUGCAGUUCCUCAUCACCGCGGCGAUUCUUGGCAUCACCAUGAUCAACAUCUUCAUUUUUGCCGAUACGAACUCCCAGAUAGCUUCGGGUCUCUAUUUCUUGGCCGUCACACUCCAGACCUCGCCUUGCUGCUACCAGGCCACAUGUUUGCUCCACGACAGCGAGACGCUCUCUCUCGCCAUUUUCCAGUGUCAAUGGCUAGGCCAGAGUGCUCGCUUUCGCAAGCUGCUGCUUUUUUUCCUGCAUCGCUCCCAACAACCGAUAACACUGACGGCUAUGAAGCUAUUCCCCAUCAAUUUGGCCACGAAGAUUGCCAAAUUCUCAUUUUCGCUCUACACGCUCAUUAAGAAAAUGAACCUGGGUGAGCGAUUUACCAAAUAG